UUAGGAAGUGAAGCGGAAGUGCCGUAAAGCCGACUCGUGCUGAACUGGUAGUGAGUAGUUGUGACCUUCUUAUCACAUACUCUAAUGAAAUAAACGAGGCUCGCAGCGUAGCCGUGAACGCAUCUGCUUUAGCACGCUAACCCCAAGCUGAGUUGUUUUAAUUUUAACUGAAGAUUUAGAGAAAAAAAACGACAUUUAAAAGACAAAUUACAAUGGAAGCGAGCCAGGAGCGCAUGCAGAAAAUGAUAGAGGACAUGGUCAACAGUCUGGAUAAAGACUACAUCCGUAACAUGCAGAGGGACAUGUUCAGGUGCAGCGCCAAAUGCUUCGACCGCCCCACAGACUCCACCGGCCAGAUUCGUGAGUGCGUUGAACGGUGUCAGAGGCCGGUGGUCAAAGCUGAACAGACAGUCACCGAAGAACUGGAUGCAUUUCAGAAUCGUCUGAGGAGAUGUACGAUGCAGUGCAGCGAUAAGGCCAAGGAUCUGAUGGACGACGGCAAAAACAAGUCCGCAGCUGAAUCGCUGUUCAACAGCUGUCAGGCCACUUGUUUGGACGACCACGUCAACCUGAUCCCCAGCAUGACCCGUAGGAUCCACGAGAAUCUCCAGUCUUUUCAGCAGUUAUGAGAGCGAUGGCGGAUGACGGCCCGGGCUGAAGACAAACACACGCAGCACUGCAGGGUUUGGAACAUUACAUCAAACUGAGUGACUUUUAAUUUACUGUCAUGAAGUGAAAAUAUUCACGGUGGUAUUUAUUGUUAUACACCAGAGGACCAGGAGCUGACCACGGGUCCUGGACCUGGACGUUGGUGUGUUGACCUCAGAGUUAGCCGUCAGGAGUUUUUACUUUUCCCGUCUUCAGUUUAUGUUAUUGUGACUCAAUCUGUGAUUCUUCACCUCCACCACUGGUGAGACUUGUACACGAGCUAAAUAAAAGUACUGUGAUGGUU